AUGGCUGCCUCGACCGGCUUCCCACGCAUGUCCUUCGGUGCUGGCAAUAACCUCGACUUGAGUCUGGAUCUUCCCAUCGUUCUUUUGCCUCCGCCUGAUGGCCAUCCCUCCCCCAUAUUUGAGAGCGACGAUGAGGAUGCUCAACGGACACCCACCUCGGCAACCGCGCCCCAAAUCCCACUGCGCAACACACGCCGCUUCAACAACGAGUCCCCGACACUGGCCAGCUCCAAGGUUCCCUGCCAUCCCAUUCCCUCGAUGCAAGCCGCCUUUGCCGAGUCAUUUCUCGAAGUUGCCGACGGCAACCCCGCCGACAAGCCGAAACUCAAAACCGCCGACGCGAAGGUCCGUCGAGAGGAUCUUAUUAGCCAAGAGCGCGAAGAUGACCUGCCCGAUAUGCUCUGGCGCUAUCGGCCCGGCCAGCAGCAACAUGAGCUCCAGAAGCUAAUGGCUCAGAUAUCUUUUGGCGUCUACCUGCUGCUGCACGGCAUGGCCAAUAGUGCGGCUCAAGUUGUCAGCAUUCUGCAGGGCCAUAUCGACGAGGUGGACGAGUUUCUGGAAGUCAUCAUGGAGGAUUUUGAUCAGGCAACCAAGGACCUGAAGGAGAGAAUUGACUACCUUCGUCUGCCCAUGGAGAACCUCGAGGCCUUUGAGAAGAUGUUGGAGGAUCGCCACUUUCGACUCGAGAUCGUUCAGGGGAACGAGAAGAUUGAACACAUUGUGGCCCGCACCAACGUCCAACUUGAACAGUACGACAAGGAUGUGCAGCAGGGCUUGGCCGCAACCAAAGAAUUUGCCAUUUAUCUAGCUCAACAAAAUGCGGGCACUUGGCGUCAAGAUCGUCCAGACGUUGUGGACAUUUACGUUGCCAUGAAAGGCAAUACGGAGGGCUGGUACAAUGCCUUUGUCGAGUUGCAGACUCAGGGCAAGGAGCUGAACUCUCUGAUCAUCAAGCUCGCAAAAAUGGUGGCAGAAAUGAGUAAGAAGGCCGGUGAAGCUAGCAUCCCACCUUUCUCCUUGCCUCUGCACGGGGCUCGAACCGACGAUGCCUCACUUAGCUCGCCACCGUCUUCACCCCCAUCCUCGAGGGCUGCGAGGCGCUCAACUCUACGCGCGAACAGCGUGAGUGGCUCAUUUUCAACUGGGGCAAGGUCAAGCUCAAACACCGUCUACUUUGACAUGCCCCUACAGAGACCAUCACCAGCCGCUUCCCCAGAUCGACAGUCCGCCAAGACACACAAGACGUCGCACUCAAACAUUACAACACAUUCAUACCACACCACACACUCACACAACACUUCCAAUUCUCAACAGACGUCUCACUCGCAUGGAACUACGCGUUCACACGAUACCGGGCGCACGGGCAACACCGCCCACACCACCAGAAGCACCCAUUCAAACACACCUAGGCUGACUUUGGAAGCGCCCGACGGGCCUGUGUCGGAGCCCAUCGGUGAUGAGGAAGUUGAGGUCGCACUGGACGACGCACCGCUCUACAUUCUCCAGCCGCGGACAUAUACGCCGCAGCCACAGGAGGCCUUCCCACCUUCUGCGACAACAGAAUCAAGCAAGUUUCAAACCCAACGAGAGGCGCCCACGCCCACAAAGCAGACUUCGCUACGUCAACGUGUCUCGUUGAAGACAACCCCUCCAGAGUCGAUCUUGAUUCCGCCACCAGCGACAGACCUUCCUCACACUGGGCAAGAAUCGCCUCGAGAGUAUCACGCCCCGGAUUCGGCGUAUGGGUCAGACAUCGAGCAGCGGCCGCGUUAUCACACAUCUAACGAGCUUUCUCCGCCGGUGCAGCCACCUGUGUUACCUUCUCCGCGAUCCGAGCAUCAAUACUACCGCCCUGUGCAAGCGAGCCCUCAUUCUCCACUCCAGCAGAGGCCCCUCACCGCAGGUGCGCAACCAAGGUCACCUUACGAGCAUCAGUCCGGGUACUAUCCAGCACACCAGAGGAACGCGCCGUCUCGACUGGGUGGUGCAAGCAUGCUGAGCACAGUCACUACCAUGACAUACGACUCGCAGAUGACGGCCAGCGGAGAGAAGCGACUCAAGAAGAAGCGCAGUGCCUUUGGCUGGCUGAAGAAAGCCUUCUCUCUCGAUGAGGAAGAGCGCCAGGCAUACGAAGCGCGACGACAACAGCAAACACCCAAUAUGUACUAUGACAACAAAAGUCCCAAAUUCCUGGAUGGUAAGAGGGUGAUGCCCCGGUGA